AUGAGCGGUGAGAAUUCAAAGUGGGGUUUAGAUCGGAUUCUUGCUGAGGUGGCAGCCAUUAACAAAGAGCAGGUCUCUGGCGGUGGGAACAGAGAUGGGAGAAGUGAAUUCUCCUCCGAUGGAAACAACAGCAACAACAACAAUAACACUAAUAUUAUGAUUAGUAAUAAUAAUAAUAAUGAUAAUCAUAAUAAUAAUAAUGAUAAUAAUAAUAAUAGUAGUAGUAAUAAUAAUAGUAAUAGCACGUCCGCUUGUAUUGCUGUUUCCACCACUCAAACAUCUCUGCCCUGUCUCUCACCGUUUCCGUCUUAUCUUGAGACGGAUGUUGUGGGUGAGGAAGUACACAAUUACACAUCGCCGUCUAUUCAUACAACAUCUGCUAAUAUGGUCUUCUUGACAAAUGACAGUACCACAACUCCUCCUAUUACUUUGCCAACAACAACAACAACAACAACAACGGGAGUAGCAACAGAGGGAUCAUCUCUUCGCGGCUACACACCUGUUAAGAUGCAUACACCACAGGAGUGUCUGAUGCCAACCCGUUCCACUUCACCAUUCUCUUUGGUGAAUGGACUCACACCUUCCAAGGAGAGUGCGACUGCCCUGCGGCUGCAACUUCAUCAGUCGUCUACAGAUACCAAUAUGAGGACAUCAGGCAUAAAUGGAAGUGGAAGAGGAGGAGAGCUAGCGAAUAACAUGACAAGUACACCAUCUACACCGUUUUGGCUACAAGUUUCUGGAUACUGCAGCAGUACAAGUAAUAAUAAUAAUAAUAAUAAUAAUAAUAAUAAUAAUAGUAGUACUAGUAGUAAUGAUAACAUGAAUGCUAAUUAUAAUAAUAAUAAUACUAAUACUACUACUACUACUACUACUACUACUAAUAAUAAUAAUAAUCUCAGUAGUAAUGAUACGUUGAAUCCACCAAAAUCGUUCCUUAACCUCUCUUUGGAAACGCCCAUUAACACCGAAUUACUUUCUCUCCAUUCCCCAUCACAAGAAGGGAAAUUGAUAUUGAGCGGUGGGCCGUACACUCUGCAGCGACAACAACAACAACAACAACAUCGCACAGAUGGUCUUUCUCAGGCCAGAACCACAAGAGGGAAUGUUUUGCAACAACAACAACAACAACAACAGCAGCAGCAGCAGCAGCAGGAACAUCAUCUUCCAUAUGUUGUUUUCUGUCAAUCUUUUCCAGAGGAUGUUCAUGAUACUUACGUGAUAUCACCUACCUCUAUGGAUCCCAGGAAUUGUCAAGGUAUCAAAUCUAUACCUGAGAAGAAUAGUACGAUGCUUACAGAUGUGAAGAGUAAUUUUCGAGGUAUUACACAAACACCGACGUGUUUCUUUUCAGAAGAGAGUGGAACUACUGGUUUGAAUGGUGGUUCCCCAACACUUUUGCCCUUAAGUAGAGAACUGGGAAAUGCUUCUCGAGCUCUCAGCAUUAACUCCACCCUUACCCGUCAUUCAUCUCAGAGAAAUCCUACACAACAACAACAACAACAACAACAAUCGGUUCCACUUCCGUUGGUCUCUGCUGGUUCCUGCAAUCGUCAACGUUCAUCCAUGGCUCUCUCGGAACGUCGGUGUAAUCCACAGAGUUGUACACCAGCAGCAGCAACAACAACAACAACAUCAGUCACAACAACGCCAACCAUAACUGCAAGACAACGUUCUCUUGAUAUGAUGUCGUUAAGAAGAUUAUCUCAAAUUCCCUCACAGUCAGGAUCUCUGAUAGAACUAGAUCUUAGUCAGCAGAGUUGCCGUUCGAUGCAAUCUAUUCUGGAGAGUACACCCUAUCAUUCAUCCACUGUACAGCAUAUUGUAGGGAAACUUUUACCUGAACUACCACGGGUAAUGAUGAGUCAACAUGGAAACUUUCUUGCGCAAAAACUCUUGCAGAUUGCCCCUAAUAAAGAACGAUUGAUGAUAUUAUCGGAGUAUCUCUCUGAUCAUUUGUGUACCAUAGCCGUCUCACCUCAUGGUAAUUACGCCGUGCAGAAUCUUAUUGAUUCUCUCCGAUCAGAGAAUGAGAUUGAUCUUGUCUGUAAUGCCCUUGGACGGGAUGCCCCAUUGCUGAUGAAGAACCCAAGUGGUUCUCAUGUUGUGAAUAAACUACUGGAACGUGUACCAGAGCGGGUGAAUUUUUUAUAUAAUGCCAUUGUGGACCGCACAGUUGAGAUUUGUAAUGAUAAGCAAGGCUGUUGUGUUGUGCAAAAUUGUAUGAAACUCGCCCCAGCAAGGCAGCAAUUACGAUUACAACAAGCAGUACUUAAUAAUGUGGUCCCUCUCGCUACAAGUCCAUUUGGAAAUUAUGUAUUAACCCAUCUCUUUGAACUUUGUGCUAAUUCAGAGAAAUUACAUGUAGUGGAUGAGGCAGCAGCACUUCUCAGUCAUAUAUUAAAGACACUUUGCACAGAUAAAUUCGCAUCUAAUGUGGUUGAGAUGAUUCUACGAUAUUGCAGUCAACAUGUAAAAGUGGAUAUUUGUCGUAUGUUACUUGAGAUGUCAGAAGAUGAAAAGACGUUAACGGUAAGCCUUACUACCAAUACUACCAUCAGCAGUCUAAGCAGUAACGGCAGUACUAAGAAUAAUAAUAAUAAUAAUAAUAAUAAUAAUAAUAGUGGUAACCCUCAUUGUGAGUCUUCCACACUUUCUACCAUCACAUGUAAUCAGUAUGGUAAUUAUGUGGUGCAAACCAUGCUUAAAUCCUUACCUGUUGGACCAGAACUUGUACACUUGGUUAAAGCCCUUGAAAAACUUUUUCCAUUACUACAGGGAACACGUUUUGGAAAACAUGUAAUGACGAGAGUGGAAGAGGCACGUGCGCGUAUUAAAUCGUGUGAACAACAACGAGCUUAUGAAUCUCUGGAUGAUCUCUUUUUUCCUGGUACUCCUGCAGAGGCUGUGGCAUCUUCCCACACCAGUACUCUCAAAUCCUUCCCAGACUCAUUCACACUACCACAGCAGCAACAACAACAACAGAAACGAAAACAAUCGCCGACAAGAUCGACAUUGGCAUUUUCACAUAAUGCCAGUAAAGUUGCUGCUUAUGGAUUAGGUGGUUUUUCUUUUUUUUGA